GGUUGUGGCCCGCCCCGCGGGUCAUCGCCACAUAGAUCGCUUUGCGUGCGUCGCCAGCAGUGUCGCUGGAACGUUGUUAAGGGACUCGCUUUGUUGCACGGAGACACCAUCCCGUACCCUAUUUUAUUUUUUUUUAUCUUUUUAGUCGAGGCUGUUUGUGUUGUCGCACUUCGUCCAACCACGGCGCGUUGUGCCACCUACUGAGGAAACUAAACCGCUUAAGACACAUCGAUUUGCGACACCGGCUGGCGUAAUAUGUCGGAGCCACCACUGAUUGCGGAGACGUAGCGGAGUGUGCAGUCACAGGCACUGUAGUGACGUCAUUGGGACAUGGGAGGCGGCCGCUGCGGCCAGCGCGGACUGGGUGGUGUGCCGCUCCCGGGCACGGUGGCGAGCUGGACCAACGGGUCAGCCGAGGCCGUCGUGUUCCCGGACGCCGUGGUGUGGGACGCGUCCUUGGUACAACGCGUCGUCCCUCUGUCAGUCAUCAUGUUCUUCACGCUAGCGGGAAACGCAGCUAUUGUGGCCGUGUUGGCUCGACCACGGGCUGCCAAGCGGGCAUCACGUGUCAACCUCUUCAUUCUGCACCUGGCUAUCGGAGACCUGGCAGUUGGCCUCUUCACGCAGUCGUCCGAAAUGCUCUUUGAGAUCUCAGGAGGCUGGGUGCUGGGUGGCCCCGCGUGCAAGGCGGUCGUGUACGUACAGAUGGUGACCCUUGCCUCGACCACGUUCAUCCUGGCCUCGAUGAGCUACGAUCGGUACGCGGCCAUCUGCCGACCCCUCGAGUCACGCUCGGGUCUGCGCCGCGCCAAGGCUAUGGUAGCUGUCUCUUGGGCGCUGGCAUUUCUGCUUGCCUUGCCACAGCUAUUCAUUUUCGUACAGGUGCAGACAGGCGUGACGACGUCCGGCCGUCCACAUUUCGAGUGCCUCAGCGUCGGCUACACUCGUCAUUGGCAGAGGCAACUGUAUUUCUCCUGGCUGACCCUGUAUAUCCUGGUGGCUCCGGGCAUUCUCAUCUCGGCCUGCUACCUGCGCCUCUUGCGUGCCGUGUGGGCGGCAUCGGGCUCGGACGGCUCCAGCUGCCUCGUCGCCACAAGCACGUCGUCCCAGAGGAGCAAAGGAAGCGACAAAGCCAACGGGAAGUCGUCUCCACCCAGGCUUCGUCGAUGCGCUCAAGGACAUCCGCUACUGCCUAGAGCACGAGCGAAGACGCUUAAGCUCACAGCUGUUUGA